UUCAUGAGAGUAAUGGAGUAACCAUGUUCUUCUUCGGAACAAUUUGUCAAAUGUUCAGAAAGAAGAACUAACUCGAAUUGAAUUGAGGGAAAAAUGAAAAAAUUAUUGGGUCACACAAAACUCCUCAAUCUCAUUAGAUUUUCCUCUUUCUCUUCAACUUCUCAUUUCAACCACUUCACCGCCACCAGUUUGAAAUCUGGUGCAGUAAUAAGAACAAUACUGAAAUUGAAAGUAAAACCCCUCAAAGUUUCACAUUCCCAGCGUGCAUUCAUUUUUCAACCACCUCUGAAUCCUACUGCUAACUACCUCCGUAAUUUCCGCUAUUCUGGUAUUGGAUGCAUCUUAGGCAUUUCGGCUGCAACUGCAUCUGCUAUUGCUUAUUCCAUGGAUGUAGUUGAGGAUGCUUUGUGGGAUGAUCGUCAUAACAAUUCACAAGAUCUUUCAGAGGAUGAAGAAAAUAUACAAGAUCUGUAUAAAGUAGUUGGAAAAUUUUGGCUGCCAAUUUUGUUCUUUCUGACAGUGCUUACAAACUUGGAUAAUCCAUUUACAAUAUUAUUCAUUAAACUGACGUUAUUCCUACUCAGCACAAAGCCGAAUCCAUUCUCUGUCUAUGUUUUUGUUGAUCAGUUGUGCCAACAAUCUAUACGCGAAGAUACUAGUUCUUUUAACAAAAAGUCAGUAUAUGCCAGCAAAGUUGAAGUAGAUGACUAUAAGCUUCUUUGCCUGGCUGAUGUUGAAGUAAGAGAUCACAAGUUUACUUUGGUUGGAAUUCUUGGUACAUGGUGGACUCUUCCACAUUUACCAUCUUGGGAAGCACGAUCUUUGGUCGGAGGAAGCAUCUUACUGUCAAGGAAUGAACAAGGAAAUUCAUGAUUUUCUGUUGUGAAAGCCAUGAUUUUUUUUAUCUCUUGUUUCCUUUUUUAGGGAAAGAUUAGGGGUUAGUUGGUUACAAGGAGGGAGAGUUUGUUAGCAGCAUGGAUCAAACUCUGAACCUCCUUACUAUUUCUUCAGCAUUCCAACUCAUAUAACUGGAGUUCACCUUUAGAGAUUUUUUUUUUCUUUAAAAGGGCUUACCCUUUCCAAGUCUUGUAUUGUGAUCAACAAGUUCAUCUUUUUUAUAAUUUUAGAGAGUAGUGGAAUCUGUUGAGGUGAAUUUUUUUAUGUAAACUUUGCUAAGUAUAAAAUUUAACAUAUUGAAGAAUAAAGAAAGCAAAAGAGGGCUAAAUCAAAUUGGAUUGGUACUUAUAAUACAGUAUCAAAUCAAAUUAUAUAAAAAAAAGGAUUUAAAUGUUUAUAAUUUAUGGUUCAGACCACAACUCUGCGAAAUUUUUACGGAAACGCUGACAUUGUCCACUUUAAUUAAGGCAUUUUUUUCUCACUUUUAUGGCGUAGCUCAUAGCUAUGAAAACCCGAAAUUGCUUUCAUAAAUUUUUGGAGAUGCAUUUUCGAAUGCACUCUACUCUAUUUUUGCCAAAAAUUGAUUUGGAGAUGCUUCUCCAAAAUUUUCUAUGGUGAAUUCGGAGAUGCAUCUCCAAAAACACCCCUGACUCCAUUUACUACACGUUUUUCAUUAAAAUUGACG